UUGCUCUGGCACUAGAGAUCAUUUUAAUCAAAGAUGUCAACACUGCUGAGACUACUCUCUUUCACUCUCAAGCUUCUUUCAUUGUUUUCUCUUUCAAUGUCUUCUCUGCAGAUAAGAUUAUGUGUAUUUCAGAUUAUAAGCAUUUAUCUCUGAGUGACUUCUGCUGUUAUUCAUCUAAUUCUGUAUCUUCUUCUUUCAUUUCUUUCACCUCUGUUCUCUCUGCUCUGACUUCUGGUUCUGCGGGUCUCAUGCUCUUCUUCAAUUUUUCUACACACAUAU